AAAAAUAUGGCGUUUUCCAUGACGACGAGACGCCAUUAAAACUAGUAAAGAACUAGCUGGUUUUACCUCCAGUAAAUUUGUCUCGUCCUGUCAGCCAGAAUGCUACUCAGCUGGCUUAACGAAAAAUCUUCAUUAGAUGAUAUUUUCUAAUAAGUUUGGUGCUAAUGGACUGGAGGCAAAACUCACUCUGGUGCUGUGGUUAGGAUUAACAUUACCAUAUAAUAUCCAUUUAGUCGUAUGGAAAAGCAGCAAAGUCAUGUACUAGCAUUGAAAUGAGUGAGAUUACAGCUUCUUUGAAUGAAUCUGUUUUCACCUUUCAUCCUAAAGUAAGCACAGCUAGUAUUAAGAUUGUUGAAAGUUUGGGAACAGACUUCAUGAGCAGACAGCAAAAACAUAUUGAGCAUCAAAAAGAAAUACUUGAAAGAUCAGGCCAACAUCAUAGAUUUUCUGAUCACAAUGGGUCAACGGCUGACAGCAGAAAAGAAGAAACAAAAGAUGCAGCAGGUUUAGUUUCUGAAAAAGAAAAGCUAGUGGCAGAGAAGAUGAGUCCAUCCAACAACAGCAAUUUUAACCGUACCAAGCCUAGUGGACUGGACAAGGUCUACAAUGCACCCUUGGCCCAGGACAAAGUGGAACAAAAGUUCCACCAAUCAGGAGCUGAGGGCCAGGGGAGAGAAGAUAACUCUGGUAACCAAGCAAAAGAUGCUGAAGAAACAAAUGAUCAGAGUGAUUCUGAAAAUGAAAUGUCAGAUGCGUUUUUAAUUGCUCGUAGUAAGACCAUGCCCACUCUGAAUCGUGUAAAACUGCCUCAACAAAAGAUAGGCAUAUGUCUGAAUGAAGGAGAUAGAUUGAGACAAGCUAAGGAUAUGGCUGAAAGAGCAAUUAAGUACAAGAAAAUUUUCACAAUACAGGGAGGCUACUCCACAAUCCGUCAGAGUUUAAGGAAGAGGGGCUGGGUGGAGAAAUUUUAUAAAAUACCACCACCAAUAAAGAAAUCACAGCAGGCAAAAAAGAACUCAGAUGAUGACGAUAAUAAUGACGACGAUGAUGAUGUUGUUGAUGAUGAUGAUGAUGACAUUGAUGAUAUGGACAAUGACCAACCCAAAGUUCCACCGUGGGAAGAGGAUGAUGGGAUUUAUGGAAUAAUGUCGCGAUUGGUACGCAAUGUAAACCCAUCAUUGUUCUGGGUGCUGAAGCGAGAUGCCAUUGAUUAUCGCUUCCUGUCAAAAGACCAAAUGGUCAACCACUAUUGCAAAGCUGGCUCCUUUACUACCAAGGUGGGCUUAUGCGUUAACAUGAAAAAUGUUGUUUGGUUUGACAACACUGACCAUGAUACCUUCUUCCCCCGAUGCUAUCGUCUUAGUCAUGAUGAGGAUAAAGAAGCCUUCAUAGAUGACUACAGAUUGACUGCAUGUAUGAGCAUUGUUAAAGUGGCUGUAAGGCAAAAUAUUCUUCCAGAAAAAAAAUCUAAAGAAGACAAAGAUCUUAUUGAUCAAAAUGAGGUGAUUGUGAAUGGCAGCACUGUGGAUUCAAGCAGUGCUAAGAAACAAGCGGAGGCGGAUAAAAAAGGUGCGGAUGCUUGUGGAUCAGAGGAAGAUGAAGAUACUCAAACUUUGCAAGGAAGUGUUUUUAAAAAGAAGAAGAAAACAAGGGCCAAGAUACCUGUCAGAGUCUUGGAGACAGCUGUGUACCAGUGUGAAAAGUUUUUAGCAUCCAAAGAUCAUGAAGAUAUAGAUAUGCCAAGUCAGAUUGGACAACUAACUGAUCAACAGUGGGAUGAUCUUAUUCAGUGGUAUUAUCAAUUAGUCCAUGAAGAAGGAUCAUUCACCCAUGUACCAUUGAAUCUCGUGAAUCAAUGUGACAGCCUCACACGUCGCUUGGCCCAGCACUGUCCUCAAUUUGAAAUGGACGGCAUUCGAAAUGUUUGGAUUGUCAAACCUGGUGCUAAGUCUCGCGGCCGAGGCAUCAUAUGCUAUGAAAAACUUGAAGAUAUGCUAAAACUUGUGGCUAGUCAGAUUGUGAAGAAAGAUGGCAAAUAUGUGGUGCAAAAGUACAUAGAGCGCCCUUUGCUGAUCUAUAAUACCAAGUUUGAUAUCCGUCAGUGGUUUCUUGUAACAGACUGGAAUCCUCUGACCCUGUGGUUUUAUCGGGACUCAUACUUGCGUUUCUGUUCCCAACAAUUCACCUUGGAAGACUUUGAUCAGAGCAUCCAUCUCUCCAACAAUGCCAUCCAGAAACAUUACAAAAAUGGGCCAAGGUCACCUCGGCUACCAGAUGAGAAUAUGUGGACACAUCAGGAGUUUAUAGAGUAUUUGAAGAGUAAAAGGCAACCAACAGCAUGGGAUGACAUAAUUUAUCCAAGCAUGAAAAAGGCAAUCAUCUGCUCACUAUUGGUUACCCAAGAUUUAGUGGAGUACAGAAAGUCGUCUUUUGAACUUUAUGGUGCUGACUUCAUGUUAACAGAAGAUUUGACACCGUGGCUAAUUGAAAUUAACUCAAGCCCGAGUAUGGAAUCAAGUACGGCUGUCACAGCAAAACUCUGCACAGCUGUUUUAGAUGACACUAUUAAAGUUGUCAUUGACCGCAAACUUGACAGGAGUUGUGACAUUGGUGCGUUUGAGUUAGCAUACAAGCAACCCCUUGUCACAGUCCCGCCAUACAUUGGUAUCAAUCUGUGUGUUGAGGGCCAGUCAGUCAAGCGGCCCCCAUGGGCAGUCAAGCCACAGGCCAAACCAUCUGAUGCCAACAUCACUAACGAUAUGCUCUUCACCCCACGGGCUGUUACCAUGAGGCAAACCACUGUGGACCGCAGUUUGGAGAUUAAGAAAAUAGAAUCAAGUCCAAGCAAGAAAGACCCAGCUAGAACUGACACCAGCGGCAACAAAAACCUGAACGGCCAGUCAUCAGCUCCCAGCAAAGAUGUCAUCUCUAAAGUGGGCACUUUUAGACCGGCGGCAGAGACUGAACGCUUUAAAUCCAACAACAAGGGAGGCAUCGGGCUGGUCAAUAUUUCAAACCUUGAAACAAAAGUGAACUCCGGCGGUGACAACUCACCCUUGUCAGGCUCUGCUCUAGCAGCACAAGUUUCAAAACAAAUGAGAACAGUAGAAAGCGGCAAAAGUGAAAGUCUGACUUCAAUGAUCCCCUCGGAGAACCAUUCAGCUGGGGCAAGGCUUGGGGAGUUACAGAGCGGACCUCCAGCCUCCUUGCCCAAUACCCAGUAUCUCGCCGGGUUAAACCAACGAAGAUUCAUCUCAAAGAAAUCAGUCUCCAAUAAUUACACUAUACCAUCGUCCUCCGACAGAGCCGCUGCGUCCAAAAGUUUAGCCAUCAGCAAUGUCGAGGCCACGGAUCUGAAGAAUUACAAAUCCAGUAAAGGUAACGACAACAGUGCCACAGCCGCAGGGACCACAUGGAACCGCACGUGCCAGCUGUGUGGGAGGGGAGGCAGCCUGCAGCUGGAUUCUGCUGACCCAAACUGCAGAUGCCAGCAGGAUUCAGUGCUGGUGACCUCUUGCCCAACAAACAAUACCGAAUCAUUGAUAGCCACAGGCAACAAAAUCCAGAGCAGCCGAACCAGAGCUCAGUUAAGAACAGCCGUGAAGAGUGCCAGACAGCCCUCCGCAGCGCUGCAUAUAAGCGCUGUUGUAGCUGACUUAGGAAAUGUUGCCAAGGUGGACAUGUCCCCUGAGAAGGCCAUCAAGCCUGUCAGACCCAUCUCAGCUUACACUGAAAUUACCUCCCCUAGAAAGGCACACACGCCAAGGGGGAGAACUCACAAGAAAAGAAAAUCUUCAAGCUUCCAACAAGACUCUGCAGGACUUUUUAACCAGCCGUUUCAUUACAAAGUUCAGACCAGCAGCGCCAACUCCCAGGAAGUUUAUCAAGGCAGUGGUUUCAGCUACACCAGUGGGAACUGGCAUAAUGUUCUCUUUGACAAGCCGCAACCUUUCUAUCCUACCAGCCCCAAACUUCAAAACCCAUAUGUUCAGAGGACCUUUCAUGGCAGCAGUAUGCCUUACUCAGGAGUGGUGGGGCUCCGAGGGGUGGUGGGACUGAGGGCCAAUGCGUCUCAGUCUAUGCUGAAAGUAUGGCCCCAGCUGUCCUACAACACCAGCCACUACAUUGGUCCACUGGCCAUCAUGGCACAGAGGAAACUACAACUGAAGCAACCCAGGGGUGGCGUCUCAUAGAGCAACCCAGGGGGUAGCAUCUUAUAGAACAAUCCAGGGGUGGUUGUUUCAAAGAACAACCCAGGGGUGGCGUCUCGCAGAACAAACCCAAGGGCGGUGUCUCAGAGGUCAGCUCAACUGUGACCACUUGACCAGAUGAUGUUGCUGUCGUCAGCUGUACUUAAUUGUGAUGCCAGAUAAGAUUAUUGUGCUCAAAGUUCUUGUUGCUUGAUCUGAAGAAAAACAGAAAAGUGAACAAACUCUUCCCCACUAUAGAUGUAUACAGUUUGAAAUCUUUUAUCUUUUAUUACAUCAUACCUUCCAAAAUAAUAUAUACACAAUUAUAUAUAUAGAUUUAUAUAUACUUUAUUAUAUCUAUAUAUAUAUGUACUAUCUCUAACAGUGAAAAUAGUAUCUCCCUCGACUGGUCUGUUUUCUAACUAUUCUUAAACCUGCAUUUGAUAAGAGUAUAGAAAAAUAAAAUCACUAUCAUCAGUGAAUAGAACCAUGAAUGACUGAAAUUUGUUGAAAACACACAAAAAAUUAAAAUCAAUCUAACACCUGAACAUUGAUUGCUAUGUCUUACUUAUGUUGCUGUGUUGCUUUUGCUGACAUUUUAGUUCUGUUAUUUAUAAUAUUUUCAUGGCUUUCUUAACAAAGUGGCUUUAUUUUUAAAAAAAAUUAUUUUUCAAAACUUUGUUAAAAAAAAUAUUUUCAUUUUUCUUCCUAUGAAUAUUUUACCAGUGAAGUGUAGAAAUAAUUUUAGUUCCCCUCUUUUCUGUUUAACAUUUUGGGAUGGAUAAGAUGGCAGUUUUGUCAAACAGCCAUCUGGCUUAUAUUUAGUGGUUUUUACUUUUUUUUAAUCCAGUUAAAAAUUAAUGAAAAGUUGACUCAUUGUUACUGUUGACUUGAUUUCACCUGAGUUGGUAAGUUUGAAAUGUACUUGUUGUAUUCUGCUCAUUACUUGAGAUAUGCAAAUCUGUGUUUAACUUCCUAUAAAAUUUCUUUCUUAAAAACUUCAAUGGCCUUCUCAUAUAUAUGGUAGUGGAAUAUGGAUAAAAGGGUCUUACAUUAAAAAAAAAACAUAAUUCUUGAAUUCAGUGGUACUUGUGCCUCCAGUUUGUUUUAACUUGAGUAUUAAUGGAGCAACAAACUGUUACUUGUGCUUUCUUGUUCUGCCAAGCUCCAAUGAAAGAUGCUUACUUUCUUAUGCUAUGCAUGUAUAAUUAUUGUCAAUUGUAGUUUUUUUAUAUGUUGAAACUUUUGCUCCUUCAAUCUGAAUAGCAUUUGCUUCAAACGUUAUGCCAUAUUUGAUAUGACUUACCCCAUUUGAAAAAAAAAAGUAUUUAAUUGUUGAACUUACUUAACAUUAGUACACUUCCUUAAUGUAUAAAAAAAUCUUUGCCAAAUUUUUAAAUUUUCUAACCUAAAAAAUACUUGCAAUUUAAAUGUGCUCUUUCUGGGACAAUACAUACAAUUUAAACAUUGCAACUAUUUUUUGUUUCAAUUCAGUUUGACAGAACUUUUGUGUUUUACUUUAUGUGGAUUUAAUUGAAUUUUUUUCUAUAAUUUGUUAAUUAGUUUUAUAUUGCAGUUUGUGAAAACUUCACUUGAAGUCAGUUUAUUUUAGGUUAUCAUUAAUAGAAUUAAUAACAAAUCAGUUUUUUUUAUAUUGAUGGUAAUUUUCAAGAAGCUUUGGACUUUCAGUACAUCAUCUGUUCAAACUUGUGACUUAAUUAAGCCAUCUUAUUUAAAUAGCUUUGUUAAUGCAGAACAGUUUUGUAAAUUAUCUUUUAUAUACAAAUUUUAUUUUAGUAACCAUUUUCAGAGAUUCUUGUAGUGUCUUCCAUAUCAUUUAUAUGAAAUGAUCUCUACUGUUUCUUUUAAUGACAAAUAUAAAUAUGAACAGCUAGCAAAUAUUCAGUGGAUGCCAGUUUGUUUUAAAUUAGAUCUACUUUUAUUGUAUAAACCAGUAUGGCUAUGGGAUGUUGUUUUUUAAAAAUGCUCUAAGCUUUGCCAGACUUGUAUGACUUUUCUAACUUUAACCAUUAAAUGUAUUUCUCUCUAUAGCUCUAAAAAGCAAUUCAUAUAUUUACACUUCUUUCAUUGUUAUAUAAAUAAAUUAAACAUUGCUCAUUGCAUUCUGCUGAUACUAAACUAUCUGUAUGCAUUCUGCCUUCUCUUUUUCAUAUUCAUAUUUCAAAAGUAUAAUAUUCCUCUGGUAGAUUCAGUACCAUUUAAUACCCAGUUAAGCAAUCCUAGCACUUGUAUUGUAAUCUACCAUACACACCAUUUUAGUUAUAGGACUUGACUCGACUUUUUUUUAAUACAACUUAAACUCAACUGAAUAGCCUAAAUCUGUAUUUUGUUUGAAUUUAUGAUAAAUAUUUGUGAUGUUUUAAAUAGAUUAUAGAAAAUGUAUUUGUAAUGUGCAAUUGACCAGCCAAAUCUACAGUAUUUCAAUUUUGUUAAAAUUAAUUAUUUAUAUAAUUGUUUUUGAAGAGAUUGUUGAGUUUUAUGAAAGUGAUUGUUGUUAGAAAGAAAUUCAAGAAUUUUGUUUAGUUUUUGAAUGUUUGUGGUUUGAAAUUGAGCACUGUUUAGAU